CCUUUAUCUUGUAUAUUUACUGCCACAUAAUUGUAACAGGUAACGUGAAAUGCCCAAUGAAAUUGAGAAAAAAGAAAAAAAAUUCCACCCUCAAAAUAUCCCGUUAAAAAACGGAUAAUAUAACAAAAGAUGCACAACUGACUUCCCAGCAUUUGCUCCGGAGCUUUUCAAAUAUUUAACAGCUGGCAAUUCGUUAUGAAAACAAUAGCAAAAAUCAAUUCUAUGAACAAAAACAAAUAAGAACUUCCUUUCAUCAUUUAUGUAAUUUUACAUCUAAACCCUUGGGAUAAAGCAAUAAGCGAAAACACAAAAAUGACUCUACACCAGGCAGUACGCUGUGAUAAAAUAGUGUUCGAGUGUGCCAAACUACCAGGCGUGGUUAGGCACUGGAAACGAUCGUAUUAUUAUAAAUAUUUCAUUUCAUCCAGUGCUAAGAGUUUACAACAACUCUGAAGGUAACCUACUCCAAGUUCAGCCAAUUAACGUUUCGGUAACGUCUGCGAACUCUUUGAUUGGUUCCUGAUACUGUCAUCUGGUUUAACGUGAAGCGCAUAAACGAGUGUAUCGAACGUUGUUUUUCUGCUCGGUCGGACUGAAUUCAGGCCUGCAGUUAUUUGAAACACCACGCAACAGACCCUCGGAAGGAAAAUGGAUUCACGCGCCUUGGUCGUGUACUGGAUGUAUUUUCUAAACAACAUUUACGUGGACUGUUCCACGAAUCUGGCUCUGCGGAAGCCCACCCGACAGUCGAGCACCUACAGCCCGACGUCCUUCAGCUACAACAGCAGCCUGGCCGUGGAUGGCAACACGAACACCCGAUUCUCGGCCAGGUCCUGCACGAACACACACCCUGGACCAAACGAGUGGUGGCAAGUCGACUUGCGGGGAUACUACACCGUUCUGUCGGUGACGCUCGUCAAUCGAGGUGAUAGGCAUGGCAACAAUUUGCGUGAUUUUCUCAUAGAGACCUACCUUGAAGACAGUCUGGAGAAGGAAGACUCUGUUCCGAGCGUUUGUGUGCGGUAUCUGGGCACAGUGGAGCAAGGGGCCACCAAAUCCUUCGAAUGCGCCCCAUCAACAGUAGGGCGUUUCGUGAAGAUAACACAUCAAGGCAAUGGCCGCCCUCUGUCGCUGUGUGAAGUAGUGGUGGACGGGUCAGAAGUUUCAAACGUCGCUUCUAUGUUUCAUGGAUCUCUUGGUACGAUGUGGACACCGGCGACCACUGUUAAUGGAAACUUCAAAACUCCUAUGGGAUGUGGGACAGUCUGCUUCAACAGCGCGACCUGUCUGGGUUUCAACCACAACAGAGCGUUACAACAGUGUCAACUGGCUUCUCCCAUUGGUGCAACAACGUCUGUGGGGGCGGAGUCAUGGAGGGCUAAGAAGCAUCUGACGAAAAUGGAUUCUUCCUGCUGGUGAAAAACAUCCUCAGCAGCUGCUAAUGCUAAUACCGAGAACUUUGUGCAGCCAUGGCGAUCAACCACGUGUGUAAGCAGGUGCCCUAGCUGACCUGAUGGAAGAGCACAACUUUUGUGAAACUUCAUGAUGGACAGGACAUUUGUCAAGAUGUUCGGAAGUCUUUCUUGCAAGAUGCCUACAUGCAUUUCACUGGAUUUAGUCUUCUCUGGUUUCUCCUUCCUCUGCUGAUCUGUCUCCUGAAAGAAGGAAGGAAAUGUUUUAUUUAACGACAAACUCGACACAUUUCAAUUAUGGUUAUAUGACAUCCGACUAUACACAGAUGAGAGAAAACCUGCUGCCGGUACUCUUUCUGUACAGCAGUAUAAGACAUCAGUUAUAUAUGCAGCAUCCCACAGACAUAUCAUGGCCUUUGUUACAUUAGUUGUAGAGCACUGUCUGGAAGUAGCCCAAUGCGCCCAUUGAUGGGGAUUGAUUCUACGUACUA